UUCCCUCCCAAUAAGCUAGUUUCACGCUUCCGGGAUUAGUGGGCGGGACUUAACGUUAUUGUGCAUUCCAACUUCCGGCAGCUGAUCUACAAUAACAAUGGCGCAAACAAAGGCAAGAUGUCACUGCUCGGUUCCUCUGUGUUCAUCUAAUAAACAACGCCAACCAUACUUGAGGUUUCACGGAUUCCCGACAGACCAAGUUGUACGAAAGAUGUGGAUCACUGCUAUUAAGCGAGACGAAGGGGAAACCUUUAAAAUAAAACAGGGAAGCACCUACGUUUGUAGCCGGCAUUUCCACGAGUCAGACUACAUUACAGGCAGUGAUAGUGGGCUGCUAGCGCUGGAUAAUUUUGCGCCUGGUCGUCGCCUAAAAGUAAAUUCUGUGCCCUCCCGCUUUGAGUGGAACAACUGGGGAUUGCCAACCAGGGAGUCCGUUUAUAAACGGGUCAAUAAACGGAUGGUAGACCGUGAGAUUUCGCCGGACCUCCCCUCGGAGCAAACACAGCUAUGGGUUGCCAUGGAGGAAUUAUCAGCGUUGGUGGUCCGUGAACAUGGCUACGGAACUGCACCAACACCAGGUGCGCUGGAUGCUGCUGCUGAACGCAUACAGCAACUAGAGCAGGAAAUCGCGGGCAUGAAGAAAGAAAUGUCACUACUGAAAGCAGAGCUGGCCCAAUUGCGAUUUAAUAGAUUUUGCAUUUCCGAUAAGGACAUACGAUUUUAUACACGGUUCACGUCAAGGGAUGUUUUUUGUGACUUCUGGGAGGCCAUCAAACCAUCUGCCACCAGACUUGUCUAUUGGUCGAAGGCGCAAAAAAAGGCACAAUCAUCUGAGCCCCUUUCUCCGAGUCCAUCGCGCAGACUGCCCCUUAUAGAUGAGUUUUUUCUUUUCUGCUGCCGAAUUGCCGCUGGCCUGCCAGAGAAGGUGUUGGCCGACCUGUUUGAGGUCAGUAUGUCCACUGUCUCCAGGGCUGUCAUCACGUGGGCCAACUACCUCUACCUAAUCCUUGGAUCCCUUCCCAUCUGGAUGAGUAAACGGCAAAUCAGAAACACCAUGCCUACCAAAUUUGUGCAGUACUGUCCAAAUGUCAGAGUGAUCAUCGACUGCACUGAGGUGCGAUGCCAGUCUCCAUCAUCACUAACUCUUCAGUCAGAGCUGUUCUCUCCUUACAAGAAUACAACAACUUUCAAGGGCUUAAUUGGGGUUGCCCCAUGCAGUGCUGUGACUUUUGUUUCGAGUCUUUUCACUGGCUCCAUCUCUGACCGAAAGAUAACAGAAAAAAGUGGUCUACUUAAUCUACUCGAACCAGGGGAUGGCUGCAUGGCAGACAAGGGAUUCACCAUUGAGAAGCUGCUGAGUGACCGUGGGGCAACACUUAUCAUACCUCCCUUCAAGAUGACUGAUCAGUUUACAGAAGAAGAUGCUCUAAAAACACAAGCAAUUGCCCGGCUUCGAAUCCUUGUGGAAAGGGCAAUACGCAGAGUGAAGGAAUACCAGAUCUGGCAAGACACCAUCCCUUUGACCUUGUCUGGGACAGUUAACCAGCUGUGGACCGUUUGCUGUUUGAUGUCCUUGUUCCAGGGACCACUUGAGUUAAAACAUUACAUUCCUGUUGAAUAGGCAACGCCUUUAACUUUGUAAUAUAAUAAACUGUUACAUUCCUG